CUUAGUAUUCACGUACCUGUCCGCUCCGCGAGACUGAACCCCACCAGAACCCACCAGAGUAGGUACAUAGUUUCGCGCGUUUCAAUUGAUAAGACUCUACGUCCGUCGGCAAAAAUGUCAUCCCGUCCAUUCCGAGUUCAAGUUCAAUGGCUUCCGUUGACAGUCGUCGGUGUCGUCGUGAUUGGUGUUAGCUUACUAGCUGCUGGCGUAAGAAGUGAGAGUAGCGCCCGAUGGACCAGCCUGAUGGGAACCUUUCGGAACGCUUCCGCACCGGUAGAUGUGCAGGCAUUUCCGGGCGAGCUGUGCAUGAGAAGCUGCGAGGAUACCCUACCACGCGUGUGCUACUUCAAUUGGGUGCUCGAACAUUACCACUCGAUGGGACCAGCCUGCAAACGAUGCGCGGAGGGAGUCCACCGCGAUUGCUAUCGCCACGGUUGUCUCACAGCGGAUGGGUUCGAACGGGGCGUCAUGUCCAUCAACCGGCAGAUACCGGGCCCGGCGAUUCAGGUCUGCAAGGAUGAUCUCAUAGUGGUGGACAUGACGAAUGCCAUGGGCGGAACGGCCACCACCAUGCACUGGCACGGGCUGCACCAGCGGGACACUCCCCACAUGGACGGCGUCCCAUUUGUAACGCAGUGUCCGGUGGAGUUCAUGAGCACCUUUCGGUACGCGUUUUGGGCGACGGAACCGGGCACUCAGUUCUACCAUUCGCACGCUGGCCACCACAAAGUGAAUGGACACUACGGGGCCAUGAUUAUCCGUGAACCGGAGGCGAACGACCCCAACGCAGAUCUAUACGACUUCGAUCUGCCGGAGCAUUUGAUUGUGGCAUCCGAUUGGAUGCACGUGGACGGCGAGAUGUACAUGCCGGGCCUUCCCAACGGCGAUGGCAUUCUACCGGUGAACGUUCUUAUCAAUGGACGGGGAACGUGGCAGAAAGACGCCGACAGCAACCGAACCGACGUACCUCGAGAGGUGUACCGAGUGCGCAAGGGUGGACGUUAUCGGUUCCGUUUCAUCAACGCCGCCAGUCACGUAUGCCCCCUGGAGUUGCAGAUCGCUAAUCACACCCUUGAGAUCAUCGCGAGCGAUUCGUACAACUUGCAACCCAUCACCGUCAAUACGCUGGUUGCGACGUCUGGCGAACGGUACGACUUUGUUGUGAGUGCAGACCAACCGAGCGACGAUUACUGGAUCCGUGUACGAGCAAUCGGGUCAUGUGACUACCGGAAAAUUAGUCAGGGUGCCGUUCUAUCGUACCGGCCGAUGAGCGUCCCUGUAGAUGAUAUCGCCUUCCCAGACCAGGGACUUCCCGAUUUCCAUGAACCUCUGUUUCCGGAAGUCCACUCUGUGAAUCAUCCAAACACCACUUGUGGCGUCUCGCAACCGGACGUGUGCAUAACGGACUUUGAAGCGUACGAGACCGAAGAUGGUAUUAUCAAUGGCACUCCAGAUAGGCAAUUUAUUUUGGGAUUUGAGAACUAUCCGAUGAGAUUUGAGGAUGCAUUUGGCGUGGGGCAACAUGAGCAUUUCAUGAACAUCCACGACGACAUUGUCCUCCAGGGAGCCAUCAACAACAUCAGCUUUACGUAUCCACCAUUCUCGCUGCUGACACAACCGGAGCUCGUCACCGAGGACAUGUUCUGUGAUGAAGACAGCUGGCCGGAACGAUGCCAGUCCAGCGAUCACUGCACCUGUAUACACCGUUUGAAAAUUCCCCUCAACGCCUUGAUCGAACUAUACAUCUUGGAUCUAACCCCGGAGGUCAACGACCUAAAUCAUCCGUUCCACCUGCACGGAUACCAAAUGUACGUAAUGGAGAUGGGACAGGACCGCCAGAAGCCCAUCACAAUGGAGCGGGCUCAACAGAUUGCCCUGUGGCAGUCCAUGCAGAGGAUCCGAAUGACGACGAUGCCUCCGAAGAAGGAUACCGUGUCGGUUCCGAGCAAGGGAUACACCCGGGUUCGAUUCCUUGCGGAUAAUCCUGGGUUCUGGCUGAUGCACUGCCACUACGAGUGGCAUACGGCCGUUGGAAUGGUGUUGGUUCUGCAGGUCGGUGAACCGGACAGUUUUGUGCAGCCUCCAAGUGGGUUCCCCACGUGCAACAAAUAUACUCCAGAUGUGGACGCGUCGCUAUUUGUGUGAAUUGGGUGUUUCUUCUAUUUAUUGAUGUUAUUUAUUGGUACAAGAUCUGAGAAUAAAGUCUAGUCAUUUGUUGCA